GACGUUACUUUUGUGUAUAAAACAUCGUCUAAAGUUGAGUAAAUUACUACAUCAUUUUAUUUAAAAGUAAAAGUAUAUAAAUAAUCUUUUUUAAUAACCUUUGUAUAUUUUUACAAUUAAAUCAAUUAUUAUUUUUAUUUUAAAAAAGUAUCGAAUAUUACAUAAUGUUUCAGCUCAGAUAAAUUUAUUAUAAUUAAUUUUAUUAAAAAUUGAAUUAUUUCAUUUGAUAUAAUAUUAAAUAUUACAUAUAAUCGAAAUUGAAUUAACAUGGCAGAAGGAAAAUUACCAAAGCCCCAGCUUCGUGACCUUCAUCUUUCAAGAGUUAGAAGGACUUUGGGAAUAGCGGCAUUACUUUGUACUUUUACUGGCAUGAGUUGGAAGAUUUUAGUUACUGAUAGAUAUGAACGAAAAGCUGAAGAAUUUUAUAAAACUUAUGAUCCAAUGAAAUCAUUACAAAUAAUGAAUGAAGCUGGACUUAUGGAAUCUUAUAAUUAAAUAAUUAUUUUAUAGAUAAAUAUUAUAUAUACCAAUAAAAUAAUAGUGGUAUUAUAAAAAUUUUAUUUAAAGUUAUAUGUAUUCAUAAUAAAGAAAUGUUAUAAAAAGAAA